UCCAAGUCAGCUGUCUUCAGUCUGUUGCUCCAGCAGCGGGGAGGAGAAGCUGUGUUUCUGACUGCUUUUUUCUGACACCGUUAAAAUUAAAAAGCAGGGAGCAUGGCACCAAAGAGAAGGGCUGCUUCAGCUGCCAAGGCGGGUGGCAAGAAGGUCAAGGCGGAGCCAAAGACACCAAAGCCCAAGGAUGCCUUCGCUUCUGCUAAAGAGGCCCUUUUGGCUGCAGGGCCACAGGUAAAAGGCAAGAGAAAGGUGGACGAGCAAUGCUCACUGUCAAGCUCUGGAGAGGUAUAUGAGGACUAUGACUGCAUGCUCAAUCAGACAAACGUUGGACAUAACAAUAAUAAGUUUUAUGUCAUUCAAGUUAUUAAAGCAAACAACAAAUACCAUACAUGGAACAGAUGGGGUAGAGUGGGGGAAGUGGGACAGUCCAAACUUAACACGUUUGAUAAGGCUGAGAAUGCCGUCAAGGACUUUGAGAAAAAGUUUAAAGACAAGACAAAGAACAACUGGAGCGACCGGAUGACUUUUGUGUCUCACCCUGGGAAGUACACUCUGAUUGAGGUGGAUGGAGAGCAGGAUGCUGAGGUCAAGGUGGACAGUGUUGAUGGAACGACUGUCAAAGUCACAAAAAAUGUCCUGCCUUGCACCCUUGACAACGCUACAGAACACCUCAUCGAACUCAUUUUCAGCAAUGACAUGUUCAAGGAGGCGAUGGAAUGUAUGAACUUAGACAUCAAGAAGAUGCCUUUGGGCAAGCUCAGCAAGGUGCAGAUUGCAAAGGGCUUUGAUGUGUUGGAGGAGAUUGAGGCAGCCAUGAACCUAAAAAGUGGACGAGCACGUCUGGAAGAACUUUCCUCAAGGUUCUUCACCACAGUCCCACACAACUUUGGCCGGAACAGACCGCCAACCAUCGACAACAAAGAGAUUGUGGAUAAGAAGAAAGAGAUGCUUAUGGUGCUGGCUGACAUUGAGCUUGCCCAGACUCUGAAGUCAGAGACUGAGAAGGCUCAGGAAGAGAUGAUAGAGACAGUUCCUCAUCCUCGAGACCAAGACUACAAUUCUCUCAUGUGCAAGCUCACUCUAAUGGACAAGAAAGCAGAAACUUUCAAGAUCAUAGAACAAUACCUGAAAGCGACUUCAGGUGACUAUCGCAAACCAAAAAUUAUCAAUGUUUGGGAAGUCGAUCGAGAGACAGAGGGAGAGCGCUUCAGCGAGAAUGAUAGUUUGGAAAACCGCCGUCUGCUGUGGCAUGGUACAAACAUAGCUGUGGUGGCGGCUAUCCUGAAGAGUGGUCUGAGGAUAAUGCCCCAUUCAGGAGGCCGUGUUGGUUGUGGAAUCUAUUUUGCAUCUGAAAACAGCAAGUCUGCAUGUUAUGUGCGCACGUCUAAAAACACUGGAGUGAUGUUUCUGAGUGAGGUAGCCCUCGGCAAAGAAUAUACCAUCACCAAAGAUAACAGUUCUCUGAAGAAGGCUCCUGCAGGCCAUGACAGUGUGGUGGCAAGAGGAACAGUGGAACCAGAUCCCUCUAAGGACACAUUCAUCACCCUGGAGGGCAAGAAGAUUUCUGUGCCUCAGGGUAAGCCCAUACAGCAGCCCCAGUUCUCAGACAGCUAUUUCAGCAACAGUGAAUAUCUCAUCUACAAAGAGAGCCAGUGUCGCCUUCGCUACCUGCUGGAGCUGAACAUGUAGCACUAAUGCAACUCAGGGAAAGAGUCAGGUCCUUUGAAAGAGAAAUGCUCCUUAUUCCUUCUGUGUAAGGGGCUUCUUAAAAAGCUUGGCUAUGCUGUUUUCUAAUUAGCUAAUCUAAUCAUUGUGUAGAUGUUCCUACCAUAAAUGACAUAUACUUCUCUGUGCCUUAUAUUUUGCACACUGUAAAACUGGCCUGAGUUUGAUGGACUAUAUAUCCUUUAUAACACAUACAUGACAAACUGCAUUUACCUUUUCCUUUACCAUGAUAAAGUGGGUGUCCUUUCACUAUUCUCCUUUCAGGAUCUUUUAUCUGAUAUUGGUUUUUAAACAUCUAAAAGGCCUCUAAAUAUUUGCACUAUUUUGUUUUUGAAUUACAUCCUGCACCUUGUGUUCUCUCUGAGUAGCUUACCUUUUAAAUAUUGCAUUAUUUAAUCCAAGCAGAAAUGAAAAUGUAAACCUGUCCCUCAGAGAUGAAAAUAUCUCAGAUCUUUAGAAGGAAUUUGUUGUAUGCUGUUGCAGUUAUAUGGACAUUUUGAGUAACAACAAUGAUGUUAUAUAGUAAAGCAGAAGUAAAAAUGGUACCCUAUGCACAGAAAUGUUUACAGGUGGGAAGUAUGAGGUUAAGUUUGUGGCUAAUGUCCAAGCACUGUUAUAAAUCUAAUAUUUUGUUGGACUCUGAAGAAAGUGCUUCUGUUGUGUAAAGUAAUAUAAUAUGUAAGUCAUAAAAAGCUUGGCCCGCUUUCUUGCCCAGCAGGUCUUCCAGCUACAUUAUGGUGAUACCACAUGUCACCUUAUGGUGUCACUUGUGAGUAACUCCCUUUGGAAUGUAAUUGCCACAAACAUUACUUUAACUCGGGGGUAUUCAAUUAAAACUGAAAGAGGUCCAGUCAGACAAAUUUUACUUCAGCAAAGGUGAGUGGGUCCAAGGUGGUGGGGGGAUUACAAAUAAUAACUUCCUUAAUAACAAAUGUUCUUUUCCCAUUUCAAGCAAAAUAAGGGCUGUAAUAAGUAGUGAGUACAUAACAGAGAGUGCAUCUUAAAAUAAAGUGCUUGACUUCAGAACGGUGAAAUAAAAAGUGUGGCUUGAAUUUAGCUUUUUCUCCUUUUUUGUUGACUCCAUUCCACAUCUUCACAAUCUCAACCAUUUUUCAUAAUAAACAAU